AUGGCGACGAACAGUGUGACAAAGGCGGGGUCGGCCCCAGGGCUUGAUGUCUUCAAAACUCCAGAGAACCCGACUUUUUAUUCCGCGAACCUGUACCAGAGUCUCGACAAAAGCAAGCAAGAGAUUCGACUCAUCGAACUUUCUACACAAGCUGGCGAUGACGAUAUGCUUGAGUGCAAGUUACUGCCUGCGACGUUAUUGACCGACGCUCGAAAACAGUAUCUUGCUCUGUCAUAUUGUGCAGGAGACCCAGCAGAUACAAAGAAAAUCCUGGUGAAUGGGGUAAGAUGCAACAUUUUUGCGAAUUUGCAUCAUGCGCUGGUACUCGCUCGCCGUUAUUGGACUCGAUCAUCUGGACGAGGACCACUUCGAAUCUGGAUCGAUCAGUUGUGUAUCAAUCAGCACGAUUUGAGGGAGAGGUCACACCAAGUUGGCUUCAUGAGGAAGAUUUACGAGUCCGCAGAACGUACAUUAGCUUGCUUAUCGACAUCAGAAACUAGUGGCGAGGGACUGAAAUGGUUGAACGACCUAUGUGAUGCUUUCCCUUUUCAAGAAGACGAUGGGACAAUACUAUACAACAGAGAAUACAGAUUAGGUACUGAAAAAGGGGCUGAAUUACAAGAGGCAAUCUGGGACACCUCCGAAUUCGAGUGGCCUAGGGACUACAAACUGGAGAAAUGGUUCCACAUAUGUGGCUAUCUCCAGAAACACAUGUUCAUCGAGAAGUUUGUGAACGGGUGGAUUGCGUUCUACGACGUGCUUACUAGCCCGUGGUGGAACCGAGUUUGGAUCUGCCAGGAAUUCCUGGUAUCCAGUCAGCUCACCUUCCUGUUCGGCAACCAUUUCAUUCCAUGGGAAAAGUGCUGGAGAACCAUGGAAGCGUUUUGCGGAACACACAAAAACUACCAGAUAGAUCGGGACGCUUUCCUGGUAUACCUGGGCGUCUCGGUAGGCUCUCCUGAGGAUCGCCAACUUUGCCGCAUCCUCGGCAUGGUCAGCCAAAGAGACCACGUCCGCCAAGUCAAUCACGUUGGGGUGGCCUUGAGGAUGAAGAUUCGCUGGACUGGCAGCAAGGAUAUCAUAGACCUUCUGUCGCAUUCGCGUUCUUGCAAAUCUUCCGAUGAUCGUGAUAGAGUAUAUGCUAUUCUCGGGCUAGCUUCGCCAGGGUAUCGGGUGUUUCCCGACUAUUCACAAGACAUGACCGCAGCGCAGGUCAUGCUUAUGACUACCAAGGCAAUUAUAGACAAGGAAGAUAGCCUGUAUGUCCUUGUAAGCGCUACCAUGUUAGUUCGAUCUAGGAAUCUCGACGUGCCUUCGUGGGUCGUCGACUGGUCUAGUACCGAAGCUUCGGAUAUUCGAAACAACUUUGGGGGCAGGCGAUUCCACCGACUGAACUGGGUGCCACAAGAAUGUCCAGAGCAUAGUUUUGAAACCAUUACAAACACGUUUCAGCACACAGAAGCGCACAUCCUGAGGGUUUAUGGAACAUUCGUCACAAAAGUACAGCGCAUUCCAGCAGUAUGGCCGCAGGCGGAAUUCGCUGGGGCCCAAGGAUUUCAUGGCAGCGCUCUUGUCAAUAUCUCAGAUGGAGAUGAACUAUGGAUCUUGCGUGGGCUUGGAGUACCCAUUAUCCUAAGGCCAUAUCGUGAUGGUUACCUGGCGAUUAGUUGUGCCUUUCUCGUAGGGCCGAAUGGCGAGGGGUUUGGGACACCGGUGAUAUCGACUGAAGAGAUUAGGGCUAAUAGGAGUCGCAUCAUAUUAUACUAG